UCACACUCCAGCAUAGUAGGUGGCGGUAAUGCAAGGAUGGUUGCCACCCGCCAUUAAACUACAAGAAGAAGAAGAAGAAGAAGAGGAAGAAGAACUUGGCAUUCGCGCGAAACUUUAGUAACAGCAAUGGCGACUACUGCAGGACGUCGGGGGACGAAGCGCAAAGCGGAGGUCCAAGCAGAGGAAGAGAAACCAUCAGUGGAGGAGAAAAAAGACAGAGGAGGGGAGGAGAAAGGACAGGAAGGCCAAAGAGUGGUCAUUGAACACUGUAAGAGCUGACGAGUGUAUGGGCGUAAUGCCGAGGAGGUGAAGUCUGCCCUCCUGGCUGCCCAUCCUGGACUGACUGUGGUUCUCAACCCAGAGAAACCUCGCCGGAACAGCUUUGAGAUCUCUCUGCUGGAUGGAAGCAAAGAAAUCUCUCUGUGGACUGGAAUAAAGAAGGGUCCGCCUCGUAAACUGAAGUUUCCUCAACCCGAUGUUGUAGUUGCUGCUUUACAGGACGCUCUGAAGGCUGAGUAGACACCCAGUGAAGCCAACAGUUCAGUGGAUGUGGACAAUGGGAGCAGUAUGAUGAGGAGGGACCAACGGGUUUCUCAGUCCCUUUUCUGAUGAUUGAAGCUCCUGGAGCACCUAUUCUCUGGUCUUUGGUGACACCUAGUGGAGUCUCUUUGAGCAAACACAUUUCUCACAUGCAGAGUCCUGCAGUAUUGUGUUUUCUUUCGAUGUGUUUUUUAAACCUCUGUUUCUCCAGUGUUUAUUGUGCUUAUGUAUCUGUUUUUGAUAAAUAAAGAGUUUGGCGUUUGA